AUGAAAGAAACUCAACCUGACAUUGACCAUCUCAUCUCCCAAACUGUAGCUUUAACCUGGGAUGACCUUAUCCUUGAGCUAGCAAAGGAAGCAGCAGCAAUAGUCACGAAUCAUGCUCAUGUUGGAAAGCUUGUAUCCACAAAGCCCUUAAACAAAUACACUUUCCACGCUGCCAUAAAGGCCAUACAAAGUUUCAUCACAGGACUUACCAUAGAGGAUCUGGAUCAAAACACGUUCCUGUUCACCUUCCCCACUACACAAGACAAAAACAAAAUUUUCAGUCAAAGGCCUUGGAACUUCAAAGGCUAUCACAUGAUCCUAAAAGAGUGGCUCCCAAGACACAGUUUACAAGAAGUGGACCUAAGGUAUUUAGCGUUUUGGAUACAAAUACAUGGGCUUCCUCUAGAAUUGGUGACCCAAGAAAAUGCAGAAAAGAUCGGUAGAGUAAUAGGUAACUUGCUAGGAUUUGACCACAUUGUAGCUUUUGUCAAAAGAUUCCUAAGAAUAAGGGUUGAAAUAGACACUUCAAAGCCUCUACUAGAUGGUUUCAUUCUUCCCCAACUCAACAGACAACCUGCAAAAAUCACAUUCAAGUAUGAGAGACUUUCAGAGUUUUGCUACAUAUGUGGGAGACUUGGCCAUGUGCACCAGUCUUGCCCUCAUGUACAUGGAAGUGACGUUGAACCUCAAUAUGGUCAAAGCAUGAGUGUAGAAGGACAAGAGAAAAAAAGAACCAACAGAGUGGAAGAAAAUCUAGUAAACACACCCCUUUCUGAGCUUUCAAAUCCCAAGAGACUACCUUCGCUACCUCCAAUCCGAAUCAACGAACCAAUGAACAACAUCAACAUCUCAGUUAAAAACUAUCCUCUCAAGCAAUUCCAGAAUCAACCUUUGUAUAAAGGAAAAUGUAAAAUAAUACUAGAAAAGAAAGGAGAAUCUAGUGGGCAAAUUACCAAGGUUCAACAAAACAUGCUUUUCAAAGGUGGUAAUAGUGCAUUUUUGGGCUUCAGUACUGUUCUUCUUCUACCCGGGAUUUAG